CUUUCUUCCUCAGUUUCAUGUUUCUGUAAACUGUUUACUGUUUAAGAAAUAAAACAGUUGAAGAAAAAAGAAACAAUGUUAGAAGAUCACAAAAUAGCUGAAGCACGGUGUUUCACAGUUGUUCAUGUAUUCUUGGUUCUAAUUAUAGCAGGUACUGCAAACUCAGAAAAUUCUCUGGACACGGACAAGGAAAUCCUGCUGAAUCUGAAAUCUUUUCUGGAAAGAAGAAAUCGGAUAAACAGAGGACGAUACGUGGAAUGGAACCAAAUUAGUUCAAAUCCAUGUGACUGGGAUGGAAUCUUCUGCUCUUCGGACGGGGCAAGAGUAACUGGUAUAGACCUCUCUGACAACCGAAUCAAUGGGGAAAUGUUCAAGAAUUUCUCAGCUUUAGGCAAACUUCAAUAUCUUGAUCUCUCCAAAAACACGCUAACUGGAACAAUACCUGAUGACUUGAAUGGAUGCCACAACCUUGUACAUCUCAACCUAUCACAUAACAUCCUAGAAGGCGAGUUGAACUUGAUUGGGUUGACCAGUUUAGAGAAGCUUGAUUUGUCCACGAAUCGGUUUCGUGGGGAUAUGCAGUUUAGUUUGCCAGCAAAUUGCAACAAACUAGUUGUUGCAAACCUUUCCACAAACAAUUUAACGGGUAGGAUAGAUAACUGCUUUGAUGGGUGCCGAAAUCUGCAGUAUCUGGACUUGAGCGCCAAUAUGUUUACUGGUUACAUCUGGACUGGGUUUUCGAGGCUUGUGGAGUUUUCAGUUUCUGAAAACAAUAUUACUGGGCCAGUUUCUGCAUCUAUUUUUGUGAACUGUAGUCUGCUCGCUUUGGACUUGUCAGAAAACAAAUUUCAAGGUGAAGUUCCUUGGGAGAUUUCGAAUUGCAACAAUUUGGCUGUCCUAAAUCUGUGGGGAAACAAUUUUACAGGGCCAAUUCCCGCACAGAUAGGAUCAAUUUUGACCCUGGAAGGCUUGUUGUUGGGUGGCAACAGUUUUUCUAGAGUGAUUCCGGAAUCCCUUUCGAAUUUGAAGAACUUGGCCCUUUUAGAUUUGAGCAGGAACAAUUUUGGUGGGGAAAUACAAGAUAUUUUUGGGAGAUUCACACAGUUGAAAUCUCUUGUACUUCAGGGAAAUUCAUACACGGGUGGGAUAUAUUCUUCUGGCAUUCACAGGCUACCAAAUAUUUAUCGUUUAGACUUGAGCUACAACAAUUUCUCCGGCUUCUUACCAGUUGAAAUCUCUCAAAUGCUAAGCUUGAAGUUCUUGAUCUUGGCCUACAAUCAAUUUAAAGGUACUAUACCACCAGAGUAUGGAAACUUGUCACAGCUACAAGCCCUUGAUCUCUCCUUCAAUGACCUCAGUGGAUCAAUUCCGCCUGCCCUUGGAAACUUGAACUCUCUCUUGUGGUUAAUGCUUGCAAACAACUCACUCACCGGUGAAAUACCACAUGAGAUUGGGAACUGUGAUAGCUUAUUGUGGAUAAACCUUGCUAACAACCAACUUUCAGGAGCAAUCCCUCAUGAGUUAACAAAUAUCGGAAGAAAUGCUAGUCCAGUAUUUGAAUCAAAUCGGCAGAGUGACCUGAUGAUUGCUGGACCUAGCGAGUGCUUGGUGACGGAGAGAUUGCUAACUGUUGACUACUCACCUUUUGGAUUUUUAUACACAAUUCCUACUAGGAAGAUUUGUAGAAGCAUAUGGAAUCAGUUGCUCAAAGGAUAUGGCUUUUUCCCAGUAUGUACUCUGGGUUCAUCAGUUAGGACAUAUCAAAUCUCAGGUUAUAUUCAACUCAGCGGGAAUCAACUCACGGGUGAGCUCCCUCCUGAUAUUGAUAAGAUGCAGAAUUUCAGUGUGUUAGAUUUAGGUUCCAAUGAAUUCUACGGGAAACUGCCAACAGAGAUUGGAAAGUUGCCACUUAUAGUCCUAAACAUCUCUGGGAACAGAUUUUCAGGUCAAAUUCCGAAGGAAAUUGGGAAUAUCAAAUGCUUGAGGAAUCUUGAUUUGUCACACAACAACUUUUCAGGCACAAUUCCCCGUAACCUUAAUGAGUUGCAUGAGCUGAGCAAAUUCAACAUUUCAUUCAACCCACUCCUUGCGGGCAAUAUUCCAGGUUCUGGGCAAUUAUCAACAUUCGAGAAAGAGUCCUUCCUGGGAAAUCCACUAUUGCAUAGUCCAUACUUCAGAUUGGACAAUCAACUCCCACCACCACCACCAUCAAACGAAAAUGAAUUUUGGAUGAAUAGAGGUGGCUUUGAAUCUGAAAAUGAAUUUCGGAUGGAUGAAGAUAGCUUAAACUCUGAAAAUAUACUUAGGUGGGAAGCGUUGUUGACAGGGUAUGGAUGUGGAAUUGUAUUCGGAGUGGCUAUGUUAUAUAUUACUUUUCGAAAAGGUGAACCAAAUUGGUUUGACGCCGUGCUUGAUGGCAUCCAUCGAUGGAGGGCAAAACGGUUACUGAAAAGGAAUGCUCCUCGAAGAGGUGAUUGAAGAACGAUUUAGUCAGCUAGACUGGUGUUCCGAGGUUUAUGUGACAUGUUUGACUCGGAGUUCAAGCUGAUUGUGGGCCAGCAGUAGGCUGAAGAUCACUUUGAGAUGCGUAUUGUAGAUGUUAUAACUCAUAUUUUUGCUCUUGUAUUGCUGCUUUAGCGUAUCAAUUGAGGUCCUUUUCAAUCUCCUUUAUGUCAUAAAUCUACAACCCUUUUACAAAGAUAAAUUAAAUAGCAUUUGAUUGCUAAAGAUGGCAUAAAAUAGACAUUUUGAUAUUUUAUAAUCCGUUAAUCCUGAAUCCCCCUGUUCACCAGGGGAGGUUUUACCUGAAAGGAGGACACCAACAUAUCUGAAUUUGGAAUAAGCGCAGGUUUCAUUUACCAUCUUAUUUAGUUUUCAAAUCUAGGUUGUCUGCUACUGAAAAAAAGCCUGCUUGUGCCUCUUGAGGCAUUUGCUUCCGCUACAUUCUUCAUUACGUCAAUGACAUCGUGCCACAUGUGACAAACUCAACAUAUUGUUCUAGCCUAUUGGACUAUUACCACCAUCCAUCACUCUUAAUGGCAUCGGAACCCCAACUUGCCAAAUUAACAAACUCUCAUGUACAUGACUGCACGCACGUUUCGGAGGCCCCAUAAGCAUCCAUAUGCCUCCAAACGAACAAAACCUAUCCAUUUUUCCUUAUAACUCUCCUGACAUUGUUUGGUUUUCUUCA